UUCUCAGUGACAAUUUGCGGAGGCAGCAAGGAAUGAUGGAGCAGUGUAGGCCAAACACACUGGCGGGAUAGGGAGGACAGAGACAGCUUCGUGACGUUUUCACCUCACCUGACGGUCUCCUAAGCACAUCCACUGUCAUCACUCCCCUUGAUCCUCUCGACCGCCAGUGUGGUGAGUCAGACAGCCAGUGUGUGGCUGCUGUUUCGGAAACUCCCCUAGUGAGGGCGCCCCCUCUGCUGGCCGGGCUCCCUAUAAAGGGCCAGCCUGAGCUGCAGAGGAUCCCUGCCGAGGAUCCUGAGACAGCACGUGGAUCUCCCACAGCCUCUGCUCACAGCUACCAUGAAGGUCUCCGCCGCCGCCCUCGCUGUCAUCCUCGCCAUGGCUGCCCUCUGCGCUCCUGCAUCUGCCUCCCCAUAUGCCUCGGACACCACACCCUGCUGCUUUGCCUACCUCUCCCGCCCGCUGCCCCGCGCCCACCUCCGGGAAUAUUUCUACACCAGCAGCAAGUGCUCCAUGGCAGCAGUCGUCUUUAUCACCAGAAAGAAUCGCCAGGUGUGCGCCAACCCAGAGAAGCAAUGGGUGCAGGAGUACAUCAACGCUUUAGAGUUGAGCUAGGAUGAAGGACGCCUUGAACCUGAACUUGUGCAAACUUUGCUUCUUGCUCUUGUCCUAACCAGCUUGGGAGGUUUCCCCCCAGUGCCCUCCUCCCACCCGCUCCUUGGAGGGCACAGAUUCCACCACCCGCAGCAGCUGCUGUAAAAGCCUCCCAGGGCUCCUGGGGCUCUGCCUUGUGCACAGGAGGUCUCUAGGCUCCGAGCUUCAGAGCCCUCGCCCGGCCACCGCUCUGCAGUCAGGAAGGAUGUCAGCACCUCUGGAGGCGAAGGAGGGAGGGAGACUGGGCUCCUGCGGUCAUGCCCCAUGACCAAAGCGCCCAUCUCAGCCCCUCACUGGGAAGGGCUGACUGGCAAAUGUAAGAAAUCAGAUUCUCAUUAAAAUUCUCAACACAAUUACAAA